CUGUCUGGCGGCAAAGCAGUCAAUGAUACUAACAGAUAUGCAAUAGGAAUUUUGAAUAACGGAGAGAUGCAUCUAACCCAGGUGAAGGGUGUGCUCUCUGUGAGACCGAACCUGAAUUAUCUGGAUAAAUCAGAUAAACGUGCUAAGGUUGAAGGGAGAACUGUAGACCCUGACGAUCCUGAAACAGAGAGCAAGCCUGAAGCUGUGACGGUGAAGUUUAGUAAAGGAGAAAAUGAUAGAUCCUUGAAAUGGAAGGAGAAGAGCUAUUCAACCAUGAUAAAGAGAGAGGAAGAGGAACCCUGGAUAGAUAUGAAGUUUAACCAGGUGCGGAGUCGGAGAUGGGACGAUGAAAGCCAGAACUUGUUCUGUGAGAAGAUGGAGGAAAAUAUAGACCUUGAUCUACCUUCAAACCAAUAUUUAAACAAGUUCAAAUAAAGUCGAAGAGGAGUGAAUUAAUCUUCAACAUUUUUAUACCAUUUAUAUACAUGAGAUUUCGUGCAGAAUUAUUUAUAUUUUCAGAAAA